AUGUCCUGGUACUGGUACUGCUGCCACUACGGUGACGAUGCAUUUUCUGUACCCUCGAAACUGACACCUUACGCUCUGGAGCCACAACCACAAUAUCCGCCCCAGUCCAGCCCAUGCAACUACUCGCAGACGAACGCACCACACCGCCAACCAGCACCCCUCAAAUCGGCACCGCUGUACGAAGAUUCGUCGAGCCGGCGCGUAUACGGCUGGACCUGCUGUAACUGCGGUGGAGAUGAUAGCUGGAGUGUUGACCAUCACCCCACUACAUCGUCAUCAUUCACGGACAUUGGAGCAGGCGCACUCAACCCACCACCUCACUCGCGCGUCUCAUGCUCUUCUUUGGCCAGUCUCAGCAUGCUAAAUCUAUCAAACAUCGCAUUUGCACAGCAGAAUGGUACUUGUUAUAUCCGCAUCACGCCAUCAUCAGGCUACGUCCGAUCAAGCUUUCAUUCGCUUCAGCCCGUUGCAGAUAAUCUAAGACAGCAACGCCACCCACGAGGCCCGCUGACCGUGUCUGCAUCUCCAACCUUGCCAAUAUCAGGUACAUAUUCUCUUAGCGUUGAAUCCCCCCUCCCUCAACGUGCUGGUACAUGCAGCAUAGCUGGAGCAAAAGGGGGGCAGUGGACCGCGUCUGUGCUCGUUGUCGAGGUGAGGGUGGUGGCUUGCGUCAUGGUGGAGGGCUGCGAGGUGUGGGAGCCUGGGAGGACGUUGCUUGGCAGAAGAUCUCUCCUAGCCAUUGAGGCUGCUAUCUCAUCACGAGAUACCCUCUUUGAGCGCUGGUGUGCACUGCAGCAAACUGAAAUUAUGAAGCGUCAUUUCACCGCGGUUGCCAUGACUGCUCAUCUGCUCGUUACUAGCGGAGGCAAGAGCCCUUGCCGGGCAGUGCAAUCUCCUAGCAAUGACUCUGCAAGGACGAAGGGCUCUUUGGACAGCAAGCUACUGGUUCAAGUCGGCCUCAUCGUCACACUCCUGGGCAGCAACCUGUCUUCCGUUGGAUCUGUUGCAAAUGUCAGACGAGCAACAGAUGCGGCGUUGACGAUGGAUGUGCAAACUCCUGCGGACAUUGGCAGGAUACAUGCUGUGUAG